AUGAAAACAAAAUUAACAAAUCGACGAAGAAAAAAAAUUAAGAAAUUUUCAACAACUUUAUCAAACAAAAGUAUUAGUUAUCGGCAAAAUAAUCUAUUUUAUUCGCUUCCGGUCAUAAUACUUGAUCAUAUAGCUUCGUAUUUAAAAGGUUCUGAUGCAUUAAAUUUCGCUGAAUGUAUUACAAACGAUGCCCUAACUGCUGAACGUAAAUUUUGGAAAACUCUUGGUCCGAAAUGGAUCAACUUUUCGUAUUUUUUAUUAGCCGGUGGUGCUGUUUUGAAUUCUUUAUUAAUACAUGCCUUUGAUUCUAGUGGUCAAGACCUUGAUUUUUUUUGGAUCGGUGGUUCAUGGUUAGAUUUUCGUUCUCAAAUUGAUCGGUUUAGACGACGAAGUAAAUCUCAUAUUAUACAAGAAACAAAUUUGCAUGGCAAGACUGUUGGUUUUCAUCAAGCUAUUGCGACUCGAACUUUCAUCAACUACAAAUUGACACAAAAUGUUCAGGAUGUACAUUUAUAUAUUGAUAGAUGUUUUAAAUACCAUUCUCGUGGUUUCACAUGGCUUUGUCCUAUAAAAUUUCAUGAUCUUCUUGUACAGAAACCUUUAAUAUGUGCAUCAAAAACUAUUGACUAUGGAUUCAAUGACUUUUAUUUCAAUGUGGAUUCAUUUCGAGUACAAGAAUGUUUUCUUGAUUUACAUCCAUUUGAUGAUGAUGAAUAA